AAGUGGUACACACAAGGAAGACCAAAACAUAAAGAUUAAAUUCUUAUAAAUUCUUAUACAACACAAUUCAGUGAAAUUAAGAUACACACAUGGCAAACUCAGGUUGCAGUUCAUUAGCAUUAUUGAGGCUUAUGUUUGUUGAAACUUUGUUUCCAUUAGUCCUCCUAACUGUUAUGAGUGCCAACAUAAUGGUGGCAGCAUCAAAUUCCUCGUCCUUGAACGAGGAACAAAAGGCCCUGCUUCAUAGCAGCUGGACGGAAGGUCGCAACAUCUCAAAACAUUGCGAUUGGACUGGGAUUGUGUGCAAUGAAGCUGGUAGUGUCACUGACAUUUCAACAAGGCGUUAUUUUUUUAUUCCUUCAUCUGAAUUGAGGAACUUCAAUUUUACUGCAUUCCCCAAUUUAAUUCGUCUCGAACUUAGUGGUUUGGGACUCAAGGGUAUCAUUCCAACUGAAAUAAGCUCUCUUACAAAGCUUAUGUAUCUUGAUCUCUCCUCUAACUAUCUUGAAGGUGAGUUGCCUGCUUCACUUUCAAGGCUCACUCAACUUAGGAUUUUUAAUGUUUCAAACAAUUUUCUUAGUGGUAUGAUCCCUUCCUCUUUUAAUCACUUUAAGUAUUUGUUUCAUCUCUCCCUUGACUCGAACAACUUUAAAGGCCCCAUUCCUGUAGAAUUGAAGAAUUUAAAAGGUUUGAAGCAGUUAACUCUUUCAAAUAAUUCAUUCAAUGGUUCAAUACCACCCACUCUGGGACAACUGGAGAACUUGAAAUGUCUCUCCUUUGGUUCAAACCAUAUAGAAGGUCCCAUCCCUAUUGAACUAGGGCACUUGAUCCAUCUGGAAGUUUUAGACCUCUCUGACAACAAGAUUUCUGGUGUCAUACCAUAUGAGAUUGGACAACUCUCUAGGCUUUCAACUUUAGAUAUUUCCAACAAUAACCUUGAGGGACCAAUUCCAUUUGAUAUUCUAAACCAUUGCAGAGUUGUGCAACUAAGUAACAACUCUUUAUGUGGUGGCAUUCCUUCUCAAAUUGGCAAUCUUUUUUCUCUAGACCUCAGUUAUAAUAACCUCUCUGGAAAGAUACCCAAGGGACUCCAUUCUGUACCUUACCUCAAUAUGUCUUACAAUUCCUUUGUUGUGGAUCACAACUAUUGUGGCUUUCCAAAAGACUCAUUGAUCGGUAAUAAGAUACCAGGUCCCCCUUGCCCUUCUACUCAUGAUUAUAAUUAUCUUCCUUUACCUGUACUAAUCUUAGGGUCAAUCAUUAAUGGCACAUGGAUUUCACUCGUUUUUGUAUGUUGGGGAAUUCAUGUUUUUUGUCCAUACGAGGUCAAAUACGAGGAAAGAAGAAGGAAUGGAGAUAUCUUCUCAAUUUGGAACUAUGAUGGUAAAAUUGCAUUUGAAGACAUAAUCAAAGCAACAGAAGACUUUGGUAUGAGGUAUUGCAUUGGAACAGGUGCUUAUGGAAGUGUCUACAAAGCAAAACUUCCUAGUGGCAAAAGUGUGGCACUAAAGAAACUUCACAGAACAGAAUCUGAAAACCCAUUAUUUUACGAGUGUUUCAAAAACGAGGUCAAGAUCUUAAGUGAAAUACGCCACCGGAACAUCAUUAGGCUUUACGGUUAUUGUUUGCACAAUAAGUGCAUGUUUUUGAUAUAUGAGUAUAUGGAAAAAGGAAGCCUGUUCUAUAACCUAGCCAUUGAUGAAGAAGCUCAAGAGUUGAAUUGGAACAAAAGAGUAAACAUCAUCAAAGGGACUGCAUUUGCUCUCACUCAUAUGCACCAUCACUGUUCCCCAGCCAUUGUCCAUCGAGAUGUAACUAGUUCCAAUGUUUUGUUGAGUUCAAAUUUAGAGGCUUGUCUAUCAGAUUUUGGUACAGCUAAACUCCUUAAUCCUGAUUCAUCUAAUCAAACUCUACUAGUUGGCACUUGUGGAUAUGUUGCACCAGAGUUGGCUUAUAGCAUCAAUGUGACAACAAAAUGUGAUGUUUAUAGCUUCGGAGUAGUGACGUUGGAAACAAUAAUGGGGGAACAUCCUAAGGAACUGCUUUCCAAUAUGUCAAAACCAUCUGCUCCUAAGAUCAUGCUCAAAGAUAUAUUGGAUUCACGUAUCCCAUUGCCCUUUCUUCGAAAAGACAUGCGGGAUAUUGUACUUGUUGUAACAUUAGCACUAGCAUGCUUGCAUCCCAACCCAAAAUCAAGACCUUCAAUGCAGGACAUAGCUAAAGAGCUUUUGUUUUCAAAGUCGCCAUUGCUUUGGCAUUUUGAUGGUAUUUCAAUUCACCAACUUGUGAAUCAGGAAAUGUAUGCAAUAGGUAAAAAUUAG